AUGUCUAUGAUGGAGAAUAGCGGAUGGGAACUAGAACCUCGGAAUCUCCUUGGUACCAUGAAGCACUACCGCCAACAGCAAGAUCAACGCAUGAAAAGCUCCCGUCUCGACGACAAGGGGGUCGAGGAGCAUCCCAAAACUCUCCUUUAUGCAGCAGAGGAUGUCGCUUCCGCCAACCCUGUUGGCGAAGAAGAUACUCCUCAGAACAAGAUUAGAAGCCGACCUGCCCCCAAGAAGAUUCCCAGCCAUGGUAUCUAA